AUGUGUUUCUUGCUGUUUGCAUCUGGAGAAGAAAGCUACCCAUUGACCCCUCUGAAUCGCAAUUGCGACCCAUCUGGAGAGAGCAUCGAUGAUCUGUGGAGUGUUAUGGACACUGAAGAGACUGAGUCCACUGAUACCCAUAAAACCAUGGUGAUCACAUCCGGUACAGUCAUGGACACCAAGCCCACAAUCAAUAUAUGUUCAAGCACAGCAAUCAUGUCUGUGGGUGAGGAGGUAGACCCUGUCCCCAUGGAUACUGCUGUUGUUAGAGCUGCAGGAUCCAGUCUGGGUACAUGCCCUGUCACAGAUCUUGUUUACCUAGACACCCCUUCAUUUCAUCAUUUCAUGUGUGAGCAAGCAAAGGAGUGCAAUGAACUCAUGAAAACCUUUGAGGAAACAUGCCUAACUAUCGAAAAGAAAUACAACUUAACACUGGCCGAGGUACAACAGGAGCUGGAAGACAAAACUCGAUCACUCAGUGCAUACAAGGAACAUGUAGGGAAGGAACUUCAUGUCUGUGACACAACUAUACAGGAGCAAUGGACAUUGCUCGAAAGCCUUGACCAGAAUGUUAGGAUGCUUCAAACUGCACUAGACCAUGAAUUUACUAGAUUAGAUGUGGAGAUCAGACAACUCAGCACUGUAGUCAAAGAAGAACCUCAUGCAAGCAUGAGUGUGGGCACUGAAAGACUUUCUGGAACACUUCUUAGGGAAGCCACAGUUGGCUCAGUUGCAGAAGAAGUUGUCCAGAUGCUAAGAAGUGGUACUGCAGAGCCUCUUUACAGUACACCUUCCCCACACCACAAAGUUAACUCCAGGAAGCAUUGCCAGUCAACUACAGUGAAACAGGAGAUCUUGAAUGAUCAAGAGAGUAAUGAUAAUCUGGCAAUUACAAGGGAUGAAGACUUCCUUGCCUAUGAACUACCUCCACAUGAGGUGGUAAUGGAUUUUACUGAAGGCAACAGUCCAGGCCCCAAUCUCCCCAACUUGCAAUGGGACUUCUCAAGCCCAGUUUCAUCAGUUUGGAACCAAACCAUUAUUGGUAUUUUUCUAAAUGAGUUGCAUGCAAAACCCAACUGGCUAGAAAGGAAUCCCAGCAUUGCAUCAGAUGAAGAAUUUCAGUGGAUGCAGGUCAUCAUACAUGGUGUAUAA